UCCGUCGGGCCUCGUGCCGCCGUCGUCGCUCUCCACGGGGGCGGAUGGAUCCUGGGCCAGGGCACCGACACCGCGCGGUGGGCAUGUGCCGUCAUGACAUCGCUCGAUGCCGUCGUCUUCACCAUCAACUACCGCCUGGCUCCCACCUACCCGUUCCCAACCGCCGUUGAGGAUUGUGUCGAUGCCAUUUGCCAGAUAGCGAAGCGCGCCGCGCAGUUUGGCAUCGACCCCAACCGCAUCAUUCUCUCAGGCUUCUCCGCCGGCGGCACCAUGACCCUCGCCAGCUGGAUUGUUCUGCAAGAGCCGGAGCGUUGGAAUUACACGCUGCCUUUUAUUCCUCCACGCAUCACAGGCCUCGUGCUCUUCUAUCCCGGCCUGGACUGGACCAUCAGCAGGCAAGACAAGAGGCUGAGUUGCUCCCGUCCGGAUCUGACCCUAUCCAAGGGAUUGACGGACCUCAUCGAUGCCUCAUACGUCUAUCCUCCCAUCCCUCGUCCCCUGCGUGCCGACCUCAGACUCUCUCCGGGUCUCAUGCCCGAUGAACUCUUGGAGAAACUACCACCCGUCCAUCUAUGCCUUUGCGAGUAUGAUAUGCUUCUCGCCGAGGGCCUUCGUUUCGCAGACAGAUUAAAGAAGAUGGACAAGGCGCAUAACCUUCGAAUCGUCGCCAAGGAGAAGCAUGCAUGGGAUUGCCCCCCGCCAAUGGUACAGAAGGAGAGCGUCGAGGUCGAAUACGGAGAGGCGACUCAGGCCAUUGCCAGCUGGCUCGGUCAGCAGCACGACACAGACAGAGAGUCGAUGCGCUCCAUGAAGACGAAGCGUUUGAAGAUACCCCGGCCGAGCCUCAUGCCGCUUAGGUCGAAAUCAGCGAGCCUCUUGUCCUUCAGAACGACACCAGCCGGUCCUUUCUAA